AUGGACUCGACCAACCCGCCGACCAAGCCCUGCCACAACUGUCGGCGACAACGGCUCCGGUGUGACCAGUCAUACCCACACUGCAACAAAUGUACUGCCGCUGGAAAGGAAUGUCUUGGAUAUGGGAAACUGUUCCGCUGGACAGGCGCGGUCGCCAGCCGCGGCAAGCUUGCUGGGAGGACGUCGAGUGCUCCUGUAGACGCAGCUGCAAGGACGGCGGCUCGAGCAACAAGAGUGGCCGGAAAGAAGGCUGAUUUGGAUUUCCUUACGCCGAGCAGCUCACCUCCUUCUUUGUGUAGUGAUGCGGGAACCCCGGUGGACAUGUCCAUGUCAGAAUAUCAGGGUGAUGCGAAACUGGUUUUAAGAUCACCAUCGCCAGAGGGUGUUGUUACCAGUCCGUGGGCUUUGGCAGAUCCUCUGUACCAGGAUAUGCAGUAUGAUCAUCGGUAUUACCUGUCGUAUUUUACGAAUCGAGUCUGUAAAGAUCUUGUAUCUCAAGACAUUCCGGAACGCAACCCGUUUCGUGGCUUGCUUCCAUUGACUAGGGCUCACCCACUCCUGCAGCACAUUAUAGUCGCUGCAUCGGCGGCACACAUGUCGAACUUGGUUCGUGCUCCGCUGGCACAUCACCCGAAGGGUGUGGACGACGGUGUUACUGUGGGCAUUGAACAAGCAUCGCGUCGCGCACUCCAGGACGCGCUGGUCGCCAAAUCCAAGGCGUUGACCUUGAUGCGUGGUGCGGUAGAAAACAUCAAAACGACUGGGGGUGAUGUUGUGCUUGCUGCCGCUCUCUUCUUCAUCAACGUCGAGUUGAUUGAGUCGGGGAAACAUGGCUGGAAAGCUCACCUUGAGGGGGCUGGGAGAAUCAUGUCCUUGUUACAACCUGAUAGUGUGGCAGAUACUGCCUUGCGAGACUACAUGCUGUCGGAUUGCUUUAUCUACUUCAUCCUGGCUUCUGCAUUCAUGCCUGCGGCCUCGUUUGACACCCAAUCCUACUUCCAGCCAUCUCAGAUUCCUUUCAUACUCCAAAGAGCAGCAGCCAACAGCUACCUCUGCUGUCCUCCUGAAAUUCUCACCAUUCUACAUUCGGCCUCCCAGUUAUCCAACGUCUCUCCUGACAUCGCUUCCGAAGAAGACGUCAGGGCAGCAGGUCUAGUCCUCAUCCAGGAAGCUCAAGCUUUUGACAUCAAUGGAUGGGCCAACGAUGUUCGGAAUAUGUCUUAUCUACAGGAUGCACCAAUUCAAAGCAGAAUUCACGCAGGGUCAGCUCACCGCCUUGCAGCAUGUCUAUAUAUUUUGCAGGCGAUUCCAUCGAUGAGCCAAAUGAACGAUCACGGUCAAGUGGCGGAGGCUCUGAGCCGCGACAUAUUUAAGCAUCUGUCCAGCAUUCCCGACAAUGAUCCCAAUUUCAAGGCUACGACGUGGCCGACUUUUAUUGCGGGAGCCGAAGCUGGCGGUCGCGCUAGGAGGGAAUGGGUCAUGGACAGAUUGCAGCGGCUUGUGAGAUCCUGCCCCUGGGGUUUUAUAUACACCGCUAUGGAGACAUUGCAAGUCAUUUGGGACCUGGACAACAAAGGUCAAGGGACCAAGAGCUGGGUUCAGACUUUAAAGGACCCACAAAUGAACUUCCUUAUGCAAAGAUCAAAGAAUUUCCAAGACAUCUGGGGCAUUGCCAUGGAUCAGAUUACCUCAGACCGCAUGUUACCAAGCUCGCAACAACCUGAUGCCGUUUUGGCUUCUCCUACAAAAUAUCUUGUCCGGAAAGCGGAAUUCUUCGUCGGGGGUCUUAUUGAAGUGUCGGAUACAAUAUCCAACUGCUUUCGAGGAUCCUCUGGUACUGCCGGGGACUAUAGCAUGCUCAAACAAGUUGUCGACGAUUUUGGGCCCAAGUUCUCCUCCACCAUAUGCCGAAUAUCGUGCAGACUGCAUUGGGACUACCCGAACACUUCCCACGCGGAAACAUCAAGUCCCUCAAUUCUGGCGAUCGCUUGCGUUUAUCCAGAACGGAAAUUGCCUGCUUGGCGGCGCAACAGUUUCUCUGUACGUUAUCCGCGCCGUCGUGGCGUGAUGACUUUGGUGUUUUGGUACAACUCGUCGCAGCGACACCCAAAAGCCGUGGAGAUGUAUAUCACAGCGCUAUUCGUCUAUGUUGAAAUGCUGCAUAUUUUUCACGCCAUCUCAGACUCUGAGCAGAUCGAGUACUCGCUCCAUGCUCUUGGCAGCGAUACAAUCCUCAACCAAACAAGGAACGAAAUUCCGCUCCGUCAAGCAUCUGUCGUCAGCGUACCAAGCUAUAGUACUCUGCAGCAAGAGCUUACUUGUCAAGGAUCCAACGGAGCUGUCGCCGCAUCCGCCAACAAGAACAUUGGCUUCGGGGAAUCCGCCACCCAAGAAGGAAUCUACGUUGGCAACUGUCCAGAAGCAUGUCCAGCUGUUCUAGUCACGCCGACUCUGGGCCCCGACCAAGUCCUAGGAGGACGGAUGCUAUUCAUGGGUGCCCUUGAGAUGGAUGAGAUUGAUGAAAACGACGGAUUACUCCUUGAUCUGAAGCCGGAGAGUCUCAAGCGGGAGAUUCUUAAAAGCUUACACCGCUUUUUCUGUUGGGGGGGGGCCUUUGACUGGGAAGGAAAUGCGGAUUCUUUGCGACCCGUCGCAGGGCGAAUUUUCGAUGUCGUUUGA